UGCGCCGCUCCGUGAAAAUCGAGCUUCGAGAUCGCCUCGAAAGCGAUUCGCGGACAAUGAAUCGCGGGAAUUUAUCGGCCAGCCGCUAAAUUCGAGUCAGCUUACUUUACAUUAUAAAUUGCAAAGUAAAAUUACAAUUAUAAGCUGCUCCUUUGGACGAGCGACGGGAUCGGUGGCGAUUUCACGACAUGGAACACGCGCUGUUUCAGUAACGCGUCCACGAAACGAUGAUGUGAUCGUUUCAUGCACACGUUCGUAUCAUUUACGAUCGACGAGCCUCGCGACGAAUUUCGCAAGUCGAGUGAACGAUUGUGGCACGUGCGGGGGACAUGUAGUUUCAUUCUACAGACAAUAAUAGUCAGCACUGUUUCGAGGGGCUACUUUAAUUGGCAGAAAAAUUCAAUCGAAUCAGUUCGUUUCAAACUAAAUACAAAUUCUCCCGCGUAGACUCCUCUUCGAGCGGCGUGCUCGAGGAUCGUCGAUCGUCCGAGUGCCUCGAGUCGUUAGAAGGAGAAAGCUCAGCAGGAGCCGAAGAGUUCGGCUGUGAAAAUCGCGUCUUUUUGACAGAGACUCCGUGAAUUCGAUCUGGUUUCCGAUGCUUGCCUCGUAACAUUUUUACUCUCCCUCGAAGUCGCGCGGAGAUCGUUGAGCCGCGACGAUCGCGUGCGAGGGAACGCGAUUCGUUUCCAAGUGAAAUUGCAAAAUAGAGGAUAACGCGAAAUUCGACCCCGAAGGACGCGGCGGAGACACGAACAACGAAAGGCCAGGAGAAAUCGAUAGAAACUCGCGGGUCGAGUCGCCGAGGCUCCAGCUCGAUCGUCCUUUAUUCCUUUGGUCGCUUUCGGACAUUUCGGACAGCUUCAUCAUCGGUUCCUUCGAUUGAUCGUCGACCAAACAGGAGGAUGAAAGCUCGCUGAUCUUUCGCGUGGUUCGAAGAUUCCUUCUGGCGAAUCGGCGAGCAGCACGUGCUUCUUUGGAUUUUCGCGCCGAUACACGGACGAUGGAAUUUUGAGAAGAGGAACUCGUCUUUCCGGCUGGUCCACGAAUCGUGAGAUGAUUGGCAAAAUUUUCUUGAGCUUUUGGAUACUCGGAUGGAUCAGCCUCUACGGAGAUCCUGCGGUGAGUCAAGGAUGGCCAACGCCACUCGACGAGUCCGCAGACGAGAAGAACGACGCAGAAAUUUUUCGAGCUGUCGUUGAGUCGAUGAAGCAGUGGACUCUGCACAAGAAAUUUAGCCACAGGGCGAAGAGGGAGGUCUCGAAGGUCUGCUACGAGGAUGUCGGCUGCUUCGAGGACACGGGGCCCUUUAGCUACUUGGAGAUGCUCCCGUCGCCCCCGAAAGACGUUGGCACUAGAUUUUUAGUGUACGGGAGCAGAAAGGCGAGGUCGAUCCCGAUGGAAGUUCCUGCAGAUGAUAUAAACGAUAACGCGCAUCGUGCCAUAGAUCCCGAUCUACCCACCAAGGUGAUCGUUCAUGGAUUCGGGUCCAGCUGCGAUCACGUCUGGGUUUACGAGAUGAGGUCCGCCCUGAUGACGGUGCACGAAUGCAAUAUAGUGUGCGUCGAUUGGGGUCCAGGAAGUGCAGUUCCAAACUAUGUAAGAGCAGCCGCCAAUACUCGUUUGGUAGGCAGGCAGUUGGCGAAGUUAAUUAGAAGUUUGAACGUGCCCUUAGAGAGGGUUCAUCUGAUCGGAUUCAGCCUCGGCGCUCACGUAGCUGGAUUUGCUGGCGCUGAAUUGGCCAACGUUUCCAGAAUCACAGGGCUGGAUCCUGCGGGGCCGCUGUUCGAGUCCCAAGAUCCGAGAGCCAGGCUCGACGAAACCGACGCCAACUUUGUCGACGUGAUCCACAGCAACGGUGAGCAACUGUUGCUCGGUGGGCUGGGCUCCUGGCAACCCAUGGGCGACGUGGACUUCUACCCUAACGGCGGCAGGAUGCAAACAGGCUGCUCGAAUCUGUUUCUGGGCGCAGUGUCAGACAUCAUCUGGUCAAGCGCCGUGGAGGGCAGGUCCCUGUGCAACCAUCGUCGAGCUUACAAGCUCUUCACGGACUCGGUUAGCCCCAAAUGCCGUUUCCCAGCGUUUCCUUGCGAGCGAGGCUACGACGGUUUGCUCAAAGGCGACUGUUUCCCCUGCGGAUCGAACGGAAUGGGCAGACCGUGCGGCGACAUGGGCUACUACAGCGACGAGUCCCCAGCCAGAGGGCAACUCUACUUACUGACCAGGGACGAGGAACCCUUCUGCGCUCACCAGUACCAGGUGAAGGUCUACAACAGCCACAGCGAGAGGCCGACCAAGACCUACGGGAAACUGCAGGUGACUCUGGUCGGAGAGGGUUCUUUCAACGAUAGCUUCGCCAUGACGCGCAAGGACGAGGAGCUAUUGGUUGGAUCGGUUCUUCAGAAGAUCGUCGUGCCGCAUCCUGCGAUCUCGAGUUUGGACGCUAUCGAGAUCAAAUACACCGCCUACAGCGGCUGGAUCUCCUCAGGACUGGUGUCCUGGAGCAUCGACAAAGUGGCCAUCAUCGACAGCUUCGGGAAGAGUCUCUCCGUCUGCAGGAAAGGCUUGACCCUGGAGUCCGGCAAGCCCGUCUACCUGCCUCUCUUCCCUGGCGAGUGCAACGUGCCCACGGACGCCGACAACUCGACGACCGCAGUCGUCAUGGAGCGUCUGCUCCAGGAGAAGCAGGUUGGCAUCGGUCCGUUCACCAAAGAGCACAACUACGAACCUAAAGAGAGUUUCACGGUGGAAACGUUCCCAAAAGAGCGACCGUCGUCCUCGUCCACGGUAAAAGGCUUGGGUCCCUUCACGAAAGAGCAAAACCUGCGCGUGAUCGAACGGAAGGAGAGCUUCAAGCCCAACAGCUUCGAGGACUCCGUCACUCGUCGCAGCACCUCGAAUCCUUGGAACAUCCUCGACAUUUCAGCCGACGGGGACUCCAAUUCCUUGGAGAAUACAGACUCCGAACGAGGCAGAGGAUUCUCGGGCCCUAAUUUCUUCCCGAAAGCACCGUCUUCCGAUCGUUCGUCGGAGGCAACCACGGAGUUGCUGACGGAGAUCCGCGAACCAGUGCUUCAAGUCGGUAAGAAGGAAAUUGGGAGGUCCUUGAAACUCCCAGUGAUCACCGAGCCGAUCCUCAGGCCACGUUCGGCCAGACAGAACACCAGGAACGAGGUCCAUCCUCGCGAGAAGCAGAAGGAUGAGAUACAAGAGACUUCCUCCACGACCAGGUCCUUCACCGUUCAGUUCCUUCCUGAGAGACUGGCAGGGAUCCUCGCGCAAGCAGAAAGGUACGCUAGGCAGACACUUCUACCUCUGAUAUCACAGUACACUCCUAGUUUCGUUACUGGAUCGAGGUACGAGGAACCCAAGUACUUUCCGCGAUUGGGCGAGAUAUCUGCCGAGGAUAAUCGAGACGUGGAAGCGAACCAAGAUCAGCUGAACAGUAACACGGAAUCCGUGUCCAAUAUAGCAGCCUCCAACGAGGAUCCUUUCGAGGACGCGUCGGCGGAGGUGCCAGCGACAGUCGAGGAUGUCACUCCAGAGAAAGCUAAGUCAAAUUCGUCGGAGUCGGGGAUUCGAAGGCUGGAUGGGAGUCAGGAAAACGAGGAAUGGAUCCCUAUAGGACCGUCCGCGUCUUUCAACGUUGUCUCCAGGAGACAUUUCAACGUGUCCAGAUCCCUCAGCUGGGAGAACACGAAUUACAAUUGGUCAACGCAGAGGUAUGAAAAUUUCGAAAGCAGUAGCUUCGGGCCGGAGGUAGACGACUGGGUGCCAGUCACGACGAAGGACGAGGAUCCUGAGCGUAAUACCUCCGGCAAAGCUAGCGCUACCACGGUUGGCAAGGUGGACACCGUCCAAGCUCAAGAGGAACCUGAAAUAACGAAGAGCAACGAGAGUGAUUCGAGGGAUGCCGUUACUCUGGUGAAAGAGGAGAGGAAGUAUAUACCUCUGGUCGCUGAAGACACCAGGGAGUCGUCGUCGACGAGCCCUGAGGUCGCUACGGAACCUCGUCCUAGCGUAUCGACCCACUCGAAUAUUCAGAGAAUCCCCAGACCGAAGGAACCCGAAAAGGAAACGAGAAGCUCCGUUAGGAGAAGCAUGGUCUUCCCUUACGCCUACGAGAGAAAGAAAGAUCCCAGAACUAGGUACAUACCUCUGUUACCGGAAGAGGAUUUGGGAAGGCCUCGUUUCUCCAUCGACAGGGAGCGUUGAGGACGAUGAGAAAAUAAUAUUCGAAAGUGAACGCUGCGAUUGAAUUCGUGGAAUUGUUGUCUAAGAUGUUUGUUGUGAUUUGAAACUUGGUUGAUUGUAUUUAUCGUUCGAUAAUUGCCACGCAUAGUUGAUCGGUUGCUCGGAUCAGAUUCUACGUAAACGAUGAUAGUAAUAAUAAUAACGUCAUUAUUAUUAUCAGUAUGUAGUUAUUAUUGUUAUUAUUAUCAGUAUUAUAUUGUUAUUAUUAUCAGUAUGUGGAAUAUUGAUAAUAAUACUGACGUUUCUUUAUUUAAGGUAGACUGAGAUCAAGCUGACUGAUUAAAACCGCGAGCAAGGCAAUCGUUACGUUCCCUCGAUCAUUGUUCCGCAUUGUUUGUUUACAAACGUUGAUUAGUUGUUAGAUUUCCGUGGAAAUUGCAUCCCGAGGACGUUGAAAAGGCUGUAAAGAUGUUUUGUUUUGGUAAAAAUUGGAGCCUUAACUUUAUUCUUGUAUAUAGGAAUUUUUUUACAAUAUAUAUAUAUAUAUAUAAUAUAAUAUAGCUUCGCUGAAAUCUGUUUUUCACAUUGGUUAUAUUAAUUCUUAAGUAUUAGAAUUAUUAUUAUCCUCAGUACCAUCGUCAUCUCUAUUAUCCCCAAUCGCGAUUUUCCCUUUUUUAUUAUUUUGUUUGUGUCCGACAGGACGACCGUAAGAGCGAAGAUCCAUGCUGUUGUUUGACCCUUUGUGAGUGUGUGUAUAUAUAUAACGACCCGAUUUUUGGAAAUCGCGAAACGUUUCGCUUGAAAUAGUAUUAUAGUUUUUUUUUUCACGUAAUAAUAUAAUAUAUGUACAGCUAGAAAAAAAAAAAGAAGAAAUGAAACGAAGUAUUGGAAGAGACGAUUUAAGUGGACUUCUAAGUGUGUCUAUCUACAGUAUACCUGUUUUUUUUUUUUUUUUUUUU